GACGAGGCAUGUAUUAGAGAACGAGACGGUCCGGAAGGUAUCUGCGAAACGAAGGCCUGCAUAGAAGCCUCGAAUAGGAUCUUGGCUUCAAUGAAAAGAGGUGUGGAUCCUUGCAAGGACUUUUAUCAGUUUGCCUGCGGUGGUUUUCGCGAUCAACAGCCCUAUCAACCAAGUUCGAGUUUCAAUAUGUUGCAGGCACAAAUCGACGAACAUAUUCAUAAAAUGUUAAUAAACGAAACCGGUCGAAUGGUUGGUGUCUUCGAGAAGCUGGGUCAUUUCUACGUUAGUUGUCUUGGGUUCAAGGAGAAGCCUGUCAACUUUACACCUGUUUACGAACUUCUUCAAGAACUUGGUGGUUAUUUACCGCCAAAGAGUGUCGUCCCAGUUGACAUAACUCCAUUGGUCUCGGCACUUCUUAGAGUGAACGGUGCACCCCUCUUUGAUUUGUACGUUGACGUCGAUCUUUAUGAUCGUUCUAGAUCCUCAGUUUUUCUCGAUCUACCAACCAGGUAUCAAGAUGAUGGCCUCUUUGCGGAAAAUCUGGAGGAUAUACCAAAAUGGCGUAAGACCAUGUUAAUGUACGAGAAAAGAAGAAAAAGAUCGGUCCAUGAAGAGAGUCAAGCAUAUAUGAUGAUAAAGAGCAAGAGGGAGGAACGAAGAUCUCGCAGACUUCAGAAGAUCGUCGAAGGAAUGCUGCCAAAGACGAUGAGUCCCAAAGAACGUUCGUCUGAGAAGGAUUUAUUGUUGCAAUUUUGCUUGUCACUCAGUAAGAUUUAUCCGAAGCACAAGGAUCUAUACAAUUGGGUGGAUGUCGAUCAAAGAGUUUACGUUCCUUUCAAUAUGACUUAUCUUCAGGAAAGCUUUGGUUAUAUAAGGUGGGGGACGCUGUUGAAUGCCACGUUAGGCGCUGCCACUGCCGAUUUAUUCAAUCGCAAUAAAACGCUGGAUCGUGAUCGACGAUUUAACACGGACGAUCAAAUGAUCUACGUUUACGUCACUGCUCCCCGUUAUUUUCGUAGCCUUGGAAAAUUACUCAACAGAUUUUCGAGACGGAUUAUAUAUAAUGGAUUGCUGCUGCUUUACGCUGCUGAUACAUUGCACGAUAUCGUAAACGUGACUGCCAGUAAGGAUUGGGACAAUUCCUGUUAUAAAUUGACGAAGAAUAUUUUUGGAGAAUUCGUUGGUGCUUUAUAUGUUCAGCAAUACAGUUCAGAAUAUUUGGAGACCUUAGGGAAUAGAGUUGGUGGAUUAUUUGAAAGGGUUAAGGAAACUGUCGCAGAACGAAUUUUAGUAAAAUCUUGGCUCGAUGAAGAAACGAGAACGCAGGCAUUACUUAAACUUAGAACGUUGCAAGGAAGAUUUCACGUGUGGCCUGGUUUUAACAACGACACAUUAUUGGCUCAUGAUAUGGCCGAGGUUGUGAUCGAUCCUGACAACUUUUUCUUUACGGUACUACGAAGAUUCAAACAAAUUCGUACCGUUGACGAUAAAGUUUUACGAAGAAAUGUCACUGAAAAACGCCGUCAUCCUUAUACAGUGAAUGCUUAUUACGAAUCGUCAACGAAUACGAUUGGAAUACCUUUGGCCAUGAUGACUUCCUGGGCAUGGUCUUGGGAUGGUGGUCCAGCUUAUGCUGUUCACGCAACUCUUGGAUCAGUAGUCGCCCAUGAAAUACUUCAUGCCUUCGAUCUCCAUCGUCGUCGCUUACCUCUCGAUCCUGAUCUAAACGUCGAUCAAUGGUUAUGGAUCACCACAGAAUCUUGGAAACGGCUCGAGGCUAGAAUCGAGUGUGUUGCUAAGCUUUAUGCAAGAAGUUUUUGGCGGAAAGUUCAGUUUUAUGGAAACGAUGUUGCCGUUCAGUUUGAUUGGAAUGUAACGAGGAAUGAAAAUGUUGCUGAUAUAGGGGCCUUGCAAAUAUCUCAUAAAACUUGGCAUUCAUUAACCAACGGAAAAGAUCGAAGUCUUCCUGGCUUGGAAGGACUUCGAUCUAGCCAACUUUUUUUCAUAAGCGCCGCCCAGACUUAUUGUUCUAACAUGACUGCCGAGGCCUAUAUCCUCUCUGUUGAACUUGAUUAUCAUACUCCUCAACCUGAAAGGGUCAAUGGUAUAAUGAUGAACUCACAAGCAUUUGCGGAUGCAUUUCGUUGUCCGAUUGGAUCUAAAAUGAAUCCUGUGAGUAAAUGCACUACUUGGUGACAAUAGGGCAAUGAGAACGGUCGGACACCAUGAUAAUUAUGAGAUUAUGUCAGCUGUAUGGACUCGGCUCAACGAAGCGCGCCUUUUUUUUUCGAGAGAGACUCACGUCGUUUGGUAUAAGAAUUUAAAAAAAAAAAAAGAAAAAAGAAAAGAAACGAAUCACAAGACAAAAAAAAGAUAAGAAAACAAAAGCUUUUGAGGAGAAAAGCUUUUUUUUUUGACGAAACGUAGUUUGUCUUUUUUUUUUUUUUUUUUUUUUGAUACUUUUGAGAAUCGUCAAAAAUUGUUUCUUCGUUGAAAUCCAUCGAUUCAGGCCGAUAAGCAUAAAAGAGAAUAUUCUUUGAUGAAAUUCUCAAAGAUCGAUGGAACGAUCGAUACGAUGGAUCGAUAAGCUUAUUUAGUAUGUAACAAACGGCAAUACAUUUUUUGUCGUAUUAAAGGCUGUUUUAAAAUGCCAUCGAUGUUAUUUCUCUAUUUAAGGCGCUUUAGGAUUUUAGGUUAUAAUAGUGAAAGCAAUAAAAUUUAAUGAUGAUAAGAGAGGUAUGAAAUAAAAAAACGUGAAAAAGAGAAAGAGAAAAAGAAAAAGAGAGAAAGAGAGAGAAAGAAAGAGGAAGGAGAUGACAGUAUGUAUCUACAAAAAGGAAAGUGUGUAUGUGUAUAUAUUGUUAACGCGCAAGAAAAGAUGACAAAAUUUAGAAGCUAAUUUGUUUGUUCAGAUUGCAAUUUUGUAGGUAUGAAAGAAUGAUCAUUCUAAUUGGGAAUCAACAAAUUCAAUUAGAAAAUAAUCUAAGCCAUAUUAAGUAUAAUUGAGAAAAUAGUUGCGUAAGACAAUGUUUUCCAAGCUUAUAAUUAUAAUUCCGUAAGAAUUAUAUUUUACGUAAAAUAUAAUGAUAAUUAUUAUAUAAAAAUUAUAUUAUAUAUACAACAAGAUUUAUUUUAAAAGGAUUAUAUUUUAUAAAAUAUAAUUUAAAGUCAGAUAAUCUCGAUGAAAUUUUAUUUAGAAUUAAAAAAUUUGUAUAUAUUUAUUAAUAAUUUGAUAUUAUCAAUAAUCCAUUAUAAUUAUAUUCUAAUAGUUUGGAAAACACUGACAUGUAAAGAGUCAAGCAUUUUCGUUUGCGCAAAAGCAAUUGCUACAAAUGAAUUCUUGAGAGAUUUUAAAAGUGAUCGUAUAUCAUUAAUGCCGUCGACAAGUUAUCCUCAGAUAUAAUUAUUUCAUGUUUAAUCAUAGAUUUGAAGACCAUAGAUCUGUUAGGUAUGAUAUUAUAAGGGAAUUAUAAGUAAUUUAAUUCUUUUCUAGCACCGAUUGUCUUCGUUUUCAUUAGUCCACAAUCAAUUGUGUAAAUAAUACGUACUGUGUAAAGCAUUAAAAUAUUUACUUCUUGA